UCUAAGACUGGUGACCCCUCCCAUCAGAUCAAUUGUAACAACUUCGUCUUGCAGUUCUUCUUCGUUCAUUUACGUGUUCCAACUACCAGUGUCCAGUUCUCAUUUUUCUAUCCCCUCCUGACCAUAGUUCUAGCCCAAAAACGAAGCCUUGCAGGGCAACUGCACCCCUCACAAUGGGGGCGCGUCAACGAGGUCAGAUGAGAGCAAAGAAGAAACCUAAUGGAAGUCUGAAAGGCUCUCCGUUGUCUCAGAAGCAGAUGAAUUCAUCCCUCAAGGUCCAGUCCCUCGACCCCUCCAUUCGCCACAGAGCAUUGCUUGCAGACUGGCAGGAUUUCGCUCAAAAUCAUCCACCCAACUCUGGGAACUACGGCAACAGUUUCAGUAUGUCUCAAGAAGCCAGAAAUACGGAAAGACAUACGGUAGCCUGGGGUGCUACAAGAUUGCGAGACAAGGGAAUCAACUUCGUCAGUGCUGGCAACCUCAUUCGUGACGAGAUUGAGAACACUCCGGAUGGUACAAAGCAGUCGAACGAGCAGGAAUCGCCUGUUCCCACUGAGGACAGUCCUGCUGUUGGACCUUCUACCGAACCUACACCUCCACCUUCUGAGCAGCCCACUGAAGUGGCCCCAGCCCUUUCGAGAAUUGAUUCAGAUAACGGAGACAAGCCGGCUCGACGAGAUUCAAUCCUCUCACAGUCUUCGGAGGAGAUUGUUUUCAAAGGUCGAAUGAAUGGUGGUAGAAAGCCUUACCGUUCGCUUGGUGCCCCUCUCGCCAGCUCGUUGCCGACCACAAGUCCGACACCAGAAAAGCCAACCGUCAACAGCCCUUCUCCUUCGCCUCUGCCCUCACCAGGCCCCGACUCUACAGAUCCCAAUCCCGACCCUUAUGCCAAUAUCUACUCGACAGAGCGAAAACGAUUCGACCGAAGAGGUCGACCGAUGAGACAGACUUCGGAUUCGAAAGAGGAGAGGCUUAUCAUGGAGGAUUAUAUUGCCAACAUGAAUCUUGAAGACGGCGAUGACGAAGGUGACGACGCCGAAGAGCGUGGAGAACCUCGACGUGGCAAUGAGCAUUAUCGAUUCUUUGAUGGCUCGGCCAAGGCCAACGUCAAAGUUCAGACACUGCUUCCGAGUCCUCCUACCACAAAAGGCAACGUUCAUCAGGCAAUCGACUGGAACUCGACUGAUCUUGAGGACUUUGACGAAUUCAGCACGACGGAUGAGGACGUUGCCGAGGUUAGUCAAGUCCUUCGCCGCAGAGAGAGGCCUUCUGGUAUGCAGUAUUUAGUCACUGGGAUUGGGCAGGGUGCCAGUGAUGCAAAGUGGGUUCUCGGCGAACGUCUCAAGACACCCUCGGCCAUCGAAGAAAUCCGCAUCUACAAGGAAAUACAGGCCAUGAAAGUCUUGGAGUCGACUGAGGACACCAGUGACACCAGUGAUGGCGAUGAAGACGACGACGAUGAGGACGACGAUGAAGCACUUGACGACCUUGUCAAUGACAUUAAUUCUGAAGACGGCGAGAAUCAGCGUAUUUUCAAACGCACAGCUCGUAUGACAGAUGAGCAAAUUGCGCGAGCCUUGGCAAAGCAAGAAGAAUUGGGUAUGGGUGGCGAUGAGGUGCUCCUGUUCGACGGUCAGACUGAUGAGCCUGACGAUUUCGAUUCUCCCCCGAAUUUCAUUCCCUUCUCGACUUCAAAACACCUUUCGAAUCGGACCAAGUCUAAGCGUAAUCGGCGACGAAACGAUCACUUUCCGCCAGCAGAAGCAUUUGCAGAUGCCCUUGAACAAGAUCCUUACGGUGCCUUCGACAUUAUGGAUUUUGAUCGACCCAGCCUUCGACCAAAGAAGAAGGGGCGCAAGGCUGAUCUACCGUUUGAGCUCGGAGUCGAGGAUGAUGAUCUGGCUGAGAUGCUGAGAACCCAGUGGCACAAGGAUCGUGAGAAGAAGGCUUCGAGGAGGCGUGAGAAGCAGGCGGAGCGAGAGGCGGCUCUUUUCGAAGCGGGUGAGCGGAAUCGUCCAGAUGCCAUCAAAGCUGAGAUUCGACAAUUCCUGGUGUCCGAAGCACAGUCACUGGAGUUGGCGCCCAUGGAUUCGGCACUCCGCGCGUCUGUCCACCGGCUGGCUAAGUCCUUGAAACUGAAUUCGCGUUCGCAAGGGAAGGAUGGACACGGCAUUGGACGGUUUCCGGUCUUGACCAAAACUUCUGGCACACGUUACUACACCAUCGACACUAUUUGGGAGAUUGAUAAUCUCAUGAAUCUACGGAAGUUCUUCCCCCGGGGGCAGGGUGGCUCUUAUCGGGGCCCAGGCGCUGCUAAUAUUCCUGCUGUAGCCAGAGCUCGGCGUGGAGGAGGUGGGGUCAUGUCUGGAGCGACGUACAUGAAUGGUGAUAUCGUUGGUGCGUCUGCGCCAGAGAUCGGUGCGGAAAACAAAGGUCGUGCUAUGUUGGAGAAGAUGGGAUGGACCAGUGGCAUGGGUAUUGGUGCUAUCGGAAACAAGGGUGGCAUUGAUGUGAUCAAGCAUGUCGUGAAGACCACCAAAGCUGGACUUGGUUGAGUGUUGUUGGGCCUGUCAACUACACCGAGAUGUCCCUGUCCUGCUGUGUCAAGGUUUUACCUCAGUUUGUGGGGUACUUAAGGCGUCUGUGGGAUUGCAUGGUUAGAGAGGUUAGAGCACAGGAAAUGGUCGCAUAGAGGUUCGAAACUACGAGUUCUGUGAUAAAUGUACGACAAGAAUGCCCCAGUGUGCG